CUCUCACUCUCUCUUCCGGACGUUUCCAUCCCCCUCCUCUAUCUCCCUCCCCCCACCUCCUCUCUCUCCACACCACAAACCCUACACCUAACGAAGCGAAAUCGUUCUGUCCAAACCCUACUUCACCGAUCCCAUUCACAAGCUCACGAAGAGCACUGAGAGAGAGAGAGAGAGAGAGAGAGAGAGAGAUGGGUGUCGACUACUACAAGAUCCUACAAGUCGACAAGAACGCGAACGACGACGAGCUCAAGAAGGCGUAUCGGAAGCUCGCCAUGAAAUGGCACCCCGACAAGAACCCUAACAACAAGAAGGAGGCCGAAGCCAAGUUCAAGCAAAUCGCCGAGGCUUAUGAGGUCCUGAGCGAUCCCCAGAAGCGUGCGAUCUACGACCAAUACGGAGAAGAAGGGCUCAAGGGCCAGGUCCCUCCCCCUGGAUCCGAUGGCGGCGCCACCUACUUCUCCACCGGCGGGGACGGUCCCAACGUGUUCCGCUUCAACCCGAGGAACGCCGAGGAUAUAUUCGCCGAGUUCUUCGGCACGUCGAGCCCCUUCGCGAGCAUGGGAGGCGGCCCUGGCGGUAUGAGGGGAACGAGGUUCUCCAGCUCGAUCUUCGGCGACGAUUUGUUUGGAUCUGCUUUCGGUGGGGGUGGCGGCGGGGAUUCGUAUAUGAACUCGCACCGGGCACCACAGAAGGCGCCGCCAAUCGAGCGGAGACUGCCUUGUAGCCUCGAGGAAUUGUACAAAGGAACCACGAAGAAGAUGAAGAUAUCCAGGGAGAUCGCGGACGCGAGUGGGAAAACAAUUCCGGUGGAGGAAAUCCUGACGAUCGAUGUGAAACCUGGUUGGAAGAAGGGAACGAAGAUUACAUUCCCAGAGAAAGGAAACGAGCAGCCAAAUGUCAUCCCCUCCGACCUGGUCUUCAUCAUCGACGAGAAGCCCCACCCUGUUUUCACCAGGGAUGGUAACGACCUGGUCGUGACCGAGAAAGUACCGCUAGUCGAAGCCCUAACCGGCCACACCGUCCAUCUGACGACUUUAGAUGGCCGGAAUCUCACAAUUCCCAUAAACAACAUCAUCUAUCCCGGCUACGAGGAAGUUGUUCCUAGGGAGGGCAUGCCGAUACCGAAAGAUCCAUCCAAAAGGGGAAAUCUGAGGAUCAAGUUCGACGUCAAGUUCCCGACGAGGCUUACUUCGGAGCAGAAAGCCGGGAUUAAAAGAUUGCUGGGCCAGUGAGCGAAGCAAAGUGAAUGUAAAUAGGCACCUCGUAUUGUUAUUUUAUCUGCGUGCCAACAACGUACUUGAAAAUAAACUGAGUGUUUGUUGCGUUUUACUCCAGGGCUUGUACGCUGCUUAAUAGAGUGUAGAGGAAAAUGAGAUUUUUGUUUUGAGUGUUUGAUCUCCAAAGGCAGGAACUCAUUUUCCGUAGCUUAUCAUUAUCUUAAAAACACUUCGAAUUUGAUACGGUGGAAGCAGGUGCCUCUUCUACAGCUUUAAAACAUGCUUUGGUUUUGUAACAUUUCAUUAUUUUAUUUUAUUUUAAUUAUUUAUUUUUAAUAGAGAGUGAUUAUUUUGUUUAA